UAAAAGUGAUUUCUGACAAGGCAGGGUGCUUAUGGCAACAUGGACAAAGUGGAUCUUGAGCUGAUCGCCCCAUCCCAACACCUUCCUUCAUCUUGAGAUCCUGGUUCCAGCAAAUGCGAUUGCUCCGCUGCAACCUGUGCGCAGCAAGGGGACACGGACCCAUCGUCUCCCAGUCGAAGGCGGUGUUUUGGCACAAGUGUGACGUUUUAAGGCAGGUCCCGGCCAGAGCUACCAAUGAGACAAGUCGCUCCUAUUCCGCCGCGCCGGUCGCAAUGAACGGGCGUCGGAGCAGCGCACGGCAACGGAGCAACCGGAGCGAGACUCGGCCAUCAAGGGGAUGCGGCAUCGGUACGCGGGAGCUGACUAUCAGCACCAGAUCCCCCAACAAAAGCGAGCCAGCAGCAGCAGCAGCAGCAAGCCGAGCGGGGAGCGGGACGCGCCUGUUUUCAGCCUGCCGCCCCCGCCCUCUUCCUCCCACCACCGAGACCGCGCUUCGACUACCGACGCUCACCGCCGGAGCCUCCAGGAGCUCCCGUGCGUGAGCCAGCCCGCACCAAGAGCGCCGCACGGCGGGGACGCGCCACCUCCGGCGGGGUCCCGCGACAGCGCCCGCCGAGAGCGGGGAGGCACGGGGGGGCCGGCCACUUUGCAGCAGGAUCCCUGGGCCCCGGCCCCGGUUUUUCCGAGCUGCCACUGCAGUUAUUCCACGCAGGAGGCGAACCAUUCACAAAAGCAGCACCAUCGCGUCGCACCACCGCAGCCCUCCCCACCUUUCCCCCCGCCUAUACCGCCACCACCGACUACCACCUCCUCCUCCUCCUCCUCACUGCUGUUUUCCCGGGAAUCCAAACGUGGGGAUCGUCUGGGAAGGAGUGCCAAUAAUUACCAACAGGCGAGCAUCGUGGAACGCUGCAGGGGAGGAGGAGGAGCAGGAGGGCAACGAGACCACAGGCAGUUGCAGUUGCAGCCGCAGCAGCAGCAGCAGCACUCUCAUACAAGACUCCCACCGAGGGACUCCUCCCCUGAAGGAAUCCGUGCAAACUCACAGAAAAGGUGCACUGACAGAAGAGCAUUCGAGUCUCAGACGCAGGAGCAACAGAUCCCACAAUUAAGAGCGCGGCAGCAGCUACUGGUGGGCAGCAGCUUGCCUGUCAACCACUGCGCCAGUGGCUCUGGUGAGCUAUGUAGGACUCACCAGGUUCCACUGCUGCAACAACAGCAGCAGCAGCAACAGCGGCAGCACAGCACACCGGGGCAGCACUGUGAAGCCCGAGACCACAAUAAGUGCGCCAGGACCCCCGCGCCAGGCGACCCGCACGGCGCAACGCUCCCGGCGGCACGGCAGGCAGACGCGGCCAAGUCGAGCGCAACUGGCGGUAGCAGCCGCAGCAACAGCAGCAGAGAGAGCCCCAACUACGGCUCCAGCUAUCACCUGUGGCCCGAGAGCCCGCAUAAAGGAGAGGAGAGGAUACGCAUCGAGCUCCACAAGGCCACAACUGAGAAGAAGAAGCUGAGCCAUGCUGGAUCCAAGCCCUCCCUCUCCGAGAGCAGCGGCCGACUCCCUCAGAUAGCCAUGAACACCUGCAAGUACAAUGGCGGCGUGGUGAGACCACUCGUGGGCAGUCUGGCGUCCUCGUCGCGCCGCAACCUUGCGGAGCUUGACUCGGAAACGCAGCCCCUGCAGACGCUGCACAGCUCUGGCCUGGAGGUGGUGGUGUCCAAGGGGAAUGGCGGCGAAGACCCCAGCAAGGCGUCUAACGAGAGCUUGGUCAGGGAGGGCAGCGGGCGCAGCAGAGGCAGGGCGCCUCAAAAGAAAAACCGGGACAUCGGCUAUAAGCUCGGCCACCGGAGGGCACUGUUUGAGAAGCGGAAGCGGCUGAGCGACUACGCGCUCAUCUUUGGCAUGUUUGGGAUCGUCGUCAUGGUGACGGAGACGGAACUAUCAUGGGGGGUUUACACGAAGGAAUCUUCAUAUUCAUUUGCACUGAAAUGCCUUAUCAGCCUUUCCACUGUUAUACUGCUUGGUCUUAUAAUAAUGUACCAUGCACGGGAAAUCCAGCUGUUUAUGGUCGACAACGGUGCAGAUGACUGGAGGAUAGCCAUGACCUACGAGCGGAUCUUCUUCAUCGUGCUGGAGCUGCUGGUGUGUGCCAUCCAUCCCAUCCCCGGCCAGUACGUCUUCACCUGGAAGGCCCGGCUGGCUUUUACGUACACGCCAUCCGUGGCGGAUGCCGACGUGGACAUCAUCCUCUCCAUCCCCAUGUUCCUGAGACUCUACCUGAUUGGCAGGGUCAUGCUACUUCACAGCAAGCUGUUCACCGACGCGUCGUCUCGCAGUAUCGGCGCCCUCAACAAGAUCAACUUCAACACACGCUUUGUCAUGAAAACGCUCAUGACCAUCUGCCCGGGAACUGUUCUGCUGGUGUUCAGUAUAUCGUCCUGGAUCAUUGCUGCAUGGACCGUGCGCGUCUGCGAAAGGUAUCAUGACAAACAGGAAGUGACCAGUAACUUUCUGGGAGCCAUGUGGCUCAUCUCAAUUACCUUCCUCUCCAUUGGCUACGGGGACAUGGUACCGCACACGUACUGUGGGAAAGGCGUGUGUCUGCUUACAGGGAUUAUGGGAGCUGGCUGCACUGCACUUGUGGUCGCAGUGGUGGCCAGGAAACUGGAGCUGACCAAGGCAGAGAAGCAUGUUCACAACUUCAUGAUGGACACGCAACUCUGUAAACGAGUAAAGAACACAGCUGCCAAUGUACUCAGGGAAACAUGGCUCAUCUACAAACACACCAAGUUGGUCAAGAAGAUUGAUCACGCCAAGGUGCGGAAACACCAACGCAAGUUUCUCCAAGCCAUUCACCAACUGCGCAGUGUCAAGAUGGAGCAGAGGAAACUAAACGAUCAGGCCAACACCUUGGUGGACCUGGCAAAGACCCAGAAUGUGAUGUACGACCUGGUUUCAGAACUCCAGGAGCGCAGCGAGGAGCUGGACAAGCGAAUCGGCACAUUGGAAGACAAGCUGGACUCGGUGACGGGCAGCCUGCAGGCGCUGCCCUGCCUCAUCUCCCAAGCCAUAACCCAGCAGCAACAGGACUUCCUGGACGGCUUUGUUCACCGCUUCCGGCCCGCAUCGCUAGCCUCAGAGCGCUCCGAACGCUCUGAGCGGUCGUGGACGUCCACCACGCGCAGGCGGCGCUCGCCGUCCACCGCACCACACACCUCCUCCGAUAGUGGAUGACCUCCAAGAAGCACCUUUCUCUAUCAUCCCAUCAAUUCAUUCGUCUCCCUCUCAAAUAGUCCGUCGCUGGACUGAUGUUGAGUUCAUAUCCUGACAUGCCGCUACCCUUCCCACCAAAUCCCAAAACCAAUUUCCCUCCCCGAGUCUUUCAGUGCAGGACUGGAUCAGAGCAACUCCAACAGAGGGGGUUAAAAAAAAACCACAAAAAAAACAACAAACAAAAAAAAAAAAAGAAAUCCAGAAAAAAACACAAAUGCAUCUGAAAAAAAGAAACAAAAGAAAAAGACUGAUAAACCGAGAUAAAGUAGAGAUAUGGUUUAUGUUUUAGCCAUUGUAUGGCUGUUCAAGUUAGCUUUUUUGUAAAAGCCCUUAAAAUGGACUGAGGUCAGGGUCACUGGGGUGAGAGCUGGCUAUCACACCGGAGAGUCCUUAACCAGUGUGGGGAAUCGGCGCGGGCUCCCUGUUGGAGGGCGUCUGCUGGUAUUCGGUGACGAGGGUGAGACAAAACUUCAGUUUUUCCCUUUUGAAGGACUGGUGUCAUGGAUUCUUUACCGUAGGUUAGGGCAAAUGCUGUCAGGAGGGGGAACUUAACGCGCUGAGACAGCGUAUGAGACUGCACUAAAGUGAAGAGGAGCAAGGGGGGGACGCUAUGGCAUUACUACUGGGUAGGAAAAAAAAAUUUACACAAUUGCCAACUUCAAGGUUUCAGCUUCCUUGUUCUUACCAAGGGAAAAAUGAGAGUGACUAUCUUUUUUAGUUACAUACUGACAUGUGAUUUUUCAGUGCCUGAAUGUAUAAAUAGUAGAGGGUUAUUUAAUUACUAAUUUCAGAGCUUUUUUACAAUGUCAACAGUCCGACGACAGCAUUGCAUUCAUUCCCUUUUCAGAUACAUUCCUCUCCAAAACAUCAAAAGAAAACAUCUUCAAAUGAUGCAUAACAUGGCCUCCAUUGAGCAACCUCGCUUUGAGAAGCUUCUUUUUUUCCCCUUUUUGUUCGUACUAACACCAUAGGGUGGGGCGGCGGGAGAAGAAUGUUCCGAGAGCGAGAGAAAGUGUUUUAUGUGUGCUUGUAUGAAAAUGAGUUCACUUUUAGCUCAAUGUUGCAUACCCAUACAUAACAGCGGAAAUGUGUCGUGUACGUUCCUCAGCACCACUAAUUAGAGCUCCCUGUGCUCUCCAGAUAAUGGCAUGUCUUGAGGGCUGCUGGUGUAAACGGUCUCAACUGAAAAAGGGAGAGACAA